AAGGACCAUAGGGGUGUGGUUUCACAAGGCCUAGAACCGAAUUUUACCUCGAAAGGUGCAGACUAACAAGCAGGUAGUCUCUGCUUCCCUAACGAGGCUGCUCAUAAAAGGGGAGAAUCAACCGUUGCACGCCUCAUUCCAGCCUUGGGCUCAAAGUGCGAUCGAUCUUUUACAAACCCAGGUACCAUAGUAAGUAAAUGGAGGGGGGGGGGGGCAGGCAGGCAGGCAGGCAGGUCGGGCUGGGUGGGGGUGGACAACCCAAGCGCCUCAUCCCGGUCUCUUGGGUGGCUGCCCGAGCAAUCGAGGCAAGCUCCAUAACCCCACCAGGAGUCAACAGCCUCUGUGAUUCUGUGCCUCUCUCAAGCCCCCCGCCUCUCUCUCUCCCUCUCUCUGUGCAAACAAAAACACCGAGAACGGCAUCCCAAGCGUCCUAAACCGCUACCAGCGUGCCCUUUUGUUUCUCCUUCCCCUUUUUCCAGCAGCCGAAACACAAUCAGCAAAGAUGGCAGACAACUUCGUUGACGUCGCAAAGCAGUUCUGCGACUUCUACUACCAGACCUUCGAUGCCGACCGCAAGCAGCUCGGCCCGCUGUACCGCGACCAGAGCAUGCUGACCUACGAGUCGAGCUCUGUCCAGGGUGUCGCCGCGAUCGUUGAGAAGCUCUCUGCUCUUCCCUUCCAGAAAGUGCAGCACAAGAUCACCACUCAGGACCCCAUGCCCGGCAUAGCAGAUGGCGGUGUCCUUGUCCUGGUCACCGGCCAGCUUCUGGUCGACGACGGCGAGCACCCCAUGAACUUCGCGCAGACCUUCCACCUGAUGAAGGACGCCAACGGCAGCUUCUUUGUCUCGCACGACAUCUUCAAGCUGGUCUACUAGACACGCUGAUGCUUUGUCUCUGAACAAGGGGUUGGGGGGUGUGCUGGACAUAUGAAGGCAACAGACAACAUGUUAUUGGUGCAUUUGCUGCGAAUUUGACGGGUACGCGUGUGGUCGCGCGCGGAGGACAUAUGAUCGAAGGGGUCGAUGAGAUAUUGCGUUUUCGUUCUAGAGACCUGGCAGGCACGGCCAACAAAAAAAAACAAGAGACGACUGGACAUAAGACAACUGAAUCUCCUUCGUGCCGUCUGACGAGAACAACAAGGGUCCGCGGCUAUGUCUUCUAUGAGCGGAAUUGCUCUUGAGACAAAUUUCUGGACGAACUGGAAACAGUUGCUGCCCUGCCGGUCUACACAAAGGAAUGAUGGGCAUAUUUGCUCGAGUCCCGGACCAACAGCGUGCAACUUCUGCUGCCCGGCGUUUUUCCAAGAUCGCUGCUGUGUCGCAACGCAAGGGCCUCAAAGGGCUGACCCGUCUUUGCCAGAUGUAUUAUAUUGCUGCAGCAAGAUCAGCUGCUAAGCCGGAAGUUCGGAUGAACAAUGACUGGCAAUAGUGCAAGCUAUUACCAAAGGGCGACCCGACCCCUGCCGGCUCACUCAAUGGUGCGAUGGCGCAGCAAAGUCUUGGUCACCCAUGCUGCCAAGGGCGGUGGUGAUGGCCACGUAAGUGCUGUUCGUAAACCAGCAGGUCCGUCA